AACGUCAAUGAUUUGUUAUCGACACAGAUUGGCUUUGUUUUGAUCGCCAUGAUUUGGUCUAACUGUUAUUUUGGACUUCUGAUAUUCAUGGCUAUUGCCUCAACGACAGUGGCAGGCUUCAGAGGUAUCAUAACAAUUCAGAGAUCAAACGAUGACGAUGACAAACCUCUGGGAACUGGAGAGCCUGUCAAAAAGGAUCCAACAAAAACCACUUACUACAUGUUGGCGGAAGAAUCUCUUCGAAAAUACGAAGAAAACUCGGGAGACGACACUCGGUACAACGUGUUGAAAGUAAAUGAAGUGACUGAACAGUUGGUUUCCGGAACGAUUACUAAAAUGGACUUCGAUGCCGCACCUUUAAAUUGUGCUGCUGACUCAGGAUCUGAUCAUUUCUGUCAAUUCCAGAGUAUUUCAAAUAUAUUGCACUGCCAUUCAGAAAUAUAUAGUAAGCCGUGGGAGAAUCUGAAGGAGAUCAAAUGUGUCUGUACCCAAAAAAAAUUCCGCUAUAAAUCAACAAAUGAAUAAAGCGUGAUAUAAAAUAAAUGAAAAAAAUUUGUAUUAUAUUUGCAAGAGAGACUGACUUAAGUCAUUGUUUUUAAGUUUUCCCUAACAUAAGUACUAGAUUAUACAGUAAUCCCCCCUAUUACACGGUAUAUUUGUUCCGCGUUAUAGGAAAACGCGUUGUACGAAAAUUCUCGUAAAACGCGCUCGUAUGACCUCGUAUAACGCGUUAUAUACAAAUGAUUCACGUUUAACUUUUCUUGUUAAAGAGGGUUUAAAUCGAAUAUUAAGGAAAAACUAUGUUAUGAACGAAAUAUAUGCGUUUUAUUAAAAUCAAA